AUGGUGAAAGGAAUGCUUGGCACAAAACAAGCUGAAAAAUACUGUAAUAACAUGUUCAGUAUAUCUGUUGUGGUGAGCAGUGAUGGGAAAAAAGUUAGAAGAAUUACUCCUGUGCAGUCGUCUAAAGACUUUGAUGCUUGCACUGUGUAUGUUGAAAAACUUCCAGCACAUGGUGACCAGCAGUGGAUUAGAAAUAUAUUUGAACGUUUUGGCACAGUUGAUUAUAUUAACAUCCCUAGAUUUAAAGUUUCUAAUAAAAUAAAAGGCUUUGCAUUUGUAGAAUUUAAUGACCCAGAAAGUGCAAAAGAAGCUUGUAAGUUUUACAAACGUUUCAAUGGUAAAGAAAGUUGCACAAGCGAUGAAGAGCAUAAAAUUCCUUCAGGCAAAAGAAAGAAAGCUGAAGACACUGCAGAUAGAAAAGCUAAGAAAGGCAAAACAGGUCAUGCUUCUGUUGAAAAGCUAAUUUGUGAUAAUUCCAGUAGCAACCCAGAAAGUGAUACAGUCAUUGAACAGUGUGCUUUCAAUUCAGAUCAUGAAAAAGAAAGAAUUGGUAAAAAACGAAAACAUGAAAGUGAAGAGGUUAAGCCGAUCAAAAAACGGAGAGAAUCUGAGAUUGAGCCAGGUACAAAGUCUAACAGUGCACAUGUAAAAUCUGAUAUUUUUAAUGAAGAACAUAGAACAUUAUCCGAGAAUGAAAAUAAAUGUUCUGCAAAUAUAGAAGAACCUAGUGCAAUUUCAGAAAAUCACCAAGAUUCUGUUGAUGAAGAGAUAUGUACUAAACCUAAAAAGAGGCGAAAACAUAAAAGAAAUCGUGAUAGUGGUGACAGACCAACAUUAAGGGUUAUGUCUAAGGCAGAAUGGAAAUCAUACCGGAACAAAUACCUGGCACUCCAAAGGGCUACUAUGGCUCAUUUAAAAAAGACUAUUGUAAGUGGCAUUCAAGAACUCAAAGAACAAGAGCUGAGUAGUAAAUCUAAUCUGGAAUGUAAUCCAGAAGUACCAAAGAAGGGUCUUCACUUCCAACCUGGUGUCAUAAUUAAAGUGAAAUUAUCUCAAGCAGUAAAAACUCCAUCUGACAUAAAGGAUCAAGUGAAGGCAAAUGCUGUGGUGGCUUAUAUUGAUGCUCCCUUAGGACAUUCUGAAAUAUUUGUACGGUGCCAUACUUCAGAAGAAGCUUUAGCUAUUAUCAAUGAGCAUAAACUGCAACAUUUAGGAACUGCAGAAUUAUUGAAAGACACAGAAGAAGCUGAAUAUUGGAAGAAGAUUGAGAGUGAUAGGAAUACAAAGUUUAGCACUCCAGUAACACAUAAAAAAAGAGGAAGAGAUAAGAUUAUAGCAAAAGCAACAAAAUUAGCAGAACAGAAAAAUAAACACAUUUAUUUUGAUGAAUGAUUUCACAAUGAUUUUUAUUACAUACUUUUGUACAUAUAAUUACAAAAUAAAGAUUUUCCUAAAGUCAAUCAAA